CUCAACAGCGGGAGCCCUGCAACGUCGGCAGUGCCAGCCCAGCUUACCGGGACAACGAAUGAUAAAAGGAUGAAGGAUGGAGGCCGACCUCUCGCCGAACAGGGCCAGCUGUGGACAGAUGUCCAGGCAUGGCAGGAGGCAGAGCUCACUGCCCAUGGCCUGCCAGCCCACCCCAAAACGAUGCCAGCGACGAAUGCCGCUGCCAAGCGCCGCGUUUGCAGGUCUUGCAGAUGUGUCAAUAUCCGGAGAUAUCCCAGUGGAAGGGGAGAUUACUGUUCCUGUCGGAUCUCGCUCUUCUGACGAAGAUUACUCCACAUUGGACGAGCCCGUUAAGGAUACAAUUAUGAGAGAUCUCAAGGCUGUUGGGAAGAAAUUUGUCCAUGUCAUGUAUCCAAAGAAGAGUAGUGCACUCCUCAGAGACUGGGAUCUUUGGGGCCCUUUGGUGCUUUGUGUCUCACUUGCACUGAUGCUUCAGGGUGGAUCAGCAGAUAGUAAAGACGAUGGAGGGCCUCAGUUUGCUGAGGUCUUUGUCAUCAUCUGGUUUGGUGCAGUUGUCAUCACACUAAACUCAAAGCUGCUUGGAGGAACUAUAUCGUUUUUUCAGAGCCUGUGUGUUCUGGGUUACUGCAUCAUGCCCCUGACGGUAGCAAUGCUGGUGUGCAGGCUGGUGCUGCUGGCAGGCUCUGGGACCAUCAGCUUCAUUAUUCGUCUUAUUGUAGUAGUGGCUAUGUUUGGUUGGUCAACAUUAGCAUCUACAGCUUUCCUGGCAGACAGUCAGCCUCCAAACCGCAAAGGUCUCGUUGUGUAUCCCAUCUUCCUCUUCUACUUUGUUAUAAGCUGGAUGAUUCUCACCUUUACACCUCAGUGAUCUCCUGUCAGAAGAGACUGUGUAACAUAGACUGGAGUUUUUUUUCAUGAACGCUGCAGUUAAUCAUUGGCUUUAUCUCUUUCUAAUUUAUAUAUACAGAGAUAUAUUGUAAAAAGGCAGGUUAUGGGAUAAAGCCAGAGAACUGCAAAAAUUGGUCAUUUGUAUGUCCCUCCUUUUGAAAGUUACAGAGGUCCAGCUGCUAAGGGUUUUUUUAUUUAGCCCUGCUCUUCAGUUGUGUUAAAUAAAAAAAUGCCCACUGUGACAGGGAUUAUUCUGCCUGAGGAACAGAGCGGGAGAUCCUGAAAUUUCAAGAUGUUGGAUAGAUGAAGAUGAAGUCAUAGGAUCAUGCAACUUGGCAGAAUUCUUGCUUGUGCUUGGAUUCUCACUGAAGAUGAAUAUGCCUUAUGAAAUAAUAGACCUUCAUUGCCAUUACAUGUUGGCUAUUGAAGAAGUGUGUUUGACACCUUUUCCAUUCACUUCUAGAGUGGUGAAAUGUAUAUAAAGGGCAUCAUACGACUGAGCUUUCAAUUUGAAAUUAGAUUUCAGCAAAAAAAUAUUGGAUCCAUUUUGCAGUCAGUUGGAGCUGGGCAAAGGGAACUGCCUUUGCUCGUAUUCAUGCAUUGUCCAUUUGUUUUAUCCCUUCAUACACCAAGAAAUAGUGUUUCAGCCAAAUGCCUUCAACACCAUAGUUAUGCUGACUAAUCCAUAUAUCUCAUGAAAGGGAGAGUGUUUACACUGGAUAGUUAAAAAUCUUUUUGUGUGACCAUAGAUUAGAGUUAGAAAUCCUGGAGAGCAGUCAGAACUGGUUUGCAGCAGGGAUGUUACCACUCUGCAGGGAAGGUUAUCUGCAGAGCACCAAGCAAAGCGUAUGUAUGCAGAGUAUAUGUUAAAGGCUUGUGUGAAGUAAGUUGAGGUUUUGAUACAGAAGAUGUUUGGGUGCUGACACACCACACCAGGAGUUAUAUGUCCUAAAGUUUUAAAAUGGGUAGGAGGAAGAAAGCAAAUGAUGUUGAAGCUGGUGACUCCUGUGAAGCAGGAUGUGAAUUCUGGUCUCAACUGCUUGUACGUGACUUUUCAUUGGGUUGUUUACAUGGACAGCAGUUCACCAUGAAUGUGUACAAAUUUGCAUAUUGUUUCUUUGUACUUACAAUGAGAUGUGAGAAACUUUAAUUUGGGGUUGGUUGGUUUGCUUGGUUUUGCUUAACACUUUCUAAAAGGGAAGGAGGCUUGCUUCUUCUCCAGUUCCCUGCAGGCACACUUCUGUACCUCACCUGGCAAAUUGCACUGGUGUGCAAGUGUGUCAUUUGUAUUUCACUGUAGGGAUUGAGACCUGGAGAAUGGCUUUUUGAAAACUGUAUAGAAAUUAUUUAUGUUGUCCAUUAUUUUCAGUGAGCAGCCCAAGAGGAGGUCUUUGAAACAUCUAGGGGUGAAAAAGCUGCUGUUAAAAUGUCACUUUUCCUAACAAUGAGCAUCGCAUUUCUUUUUUUCCUGUAGUAAUUCAGAUAGGCCCAAUAUUGAUGUAUGGUGGGUCCUGCUGAGGUGUAAAUAUGUCUAAUUUAUAUUUAUAUAUAUAAAAGUGCAGUUUCUGCUCUGAACACUUCAAGUAUUGGGUAGUUGGGAUGGACGUUUCUAAAUGUGCAGGUUAAAAGUACACUUUUGCAUUUCUGGGAAUAUGAAGAGGGAAAGAAACAGCUGCUCUCAGCAGGGAACCAGCUUUGCUGAUUGUUACCAGCAAGUGUGUGCAAACCUGGGGGCAGCAUCGUCCCUAGACUUUCCUCCGUGGCUGUUCUGAGAUGCUGCAAAAGGAGCUGUAGAGUUUCACAAAGCUGUUGAUACAAUGGAAAUGGGGAAUUUUUAAAAUUCUAUUAAAUUAUUACCAGUAUGGAAUGUGAUUUUUCUUUUAAAUGUGCAGUUUUCCAUUCAUUUAAACUUUUAGAUAUCCAUUAAAUUCCAUUUAAUUUCCAUUAAACAUUUAAACAUAAUUUAGCUUUAUGAAGCUGAUAAGAAAUAUUCAGGGGAAGUAGAUCUAAAGCUGUUGAUGGCUACAGUGGGAUUCUUUGAGUCAAAUCUUUCCUACAAGAAGUCAACCGUGCUUCAGAGAAAUCCUUGGAAUUCUGUCUCUUGUGUCUUGUGACUUAAGUGGAUAGUAUGUCUGAAAGACAAUCGGAGUAAUAUUUGAUUGAUUUGGUAUCUUUUUGGGAAGAGGGGAAACAAUUUUUAAGAUAAAUUAAAAUUCCAGCUUUUUCCUUUCUUGUUUAUGACUUG